GGCGAGAGCCGUGGGAGCCGAGACGCUGCCCGGGGCUGGCUGGUCAGUCAGGUUGGUCUGGUGCUGGUGCGGGAGCCGCUGCUUCCCGACGAGCUGCGAGAGAACGCGGACUAACCAUGUCGUCCCUGGUCAGAAAGGUGAUAAGCACUGCAAAAGCCCCAGCGGCCAUUGGUCCCUACAGUCAAGCUGUGCUGGUCGACAGGACCGUUUACGUUUCAGGACAGGUGGGCCUGGACCCUUCCAGUGGAAAGCUUGUGCCAGGAGGGGUAGUAGAAGAAACUAAGCAGGCUCUUACAAACAUGGGUGAAAUUCUGAAAGCUGCGGGCUGUGACUUCACUAACGUGGUGAAAACAACUGUUUUGCUGGCUGACAUAAACGACUUCACGACUGUCAAUGAAAUCUACAAGCAGUAUUUCAAGAGUAAUUUUCCUGCGAGAGCUGCUUACCAGGUUGCUGCUUUGCCCUUAGGAAGUCGUGUUGAAAUUGAAGCAAUAGCUGUCCAAGGACCUCUCUCAAUAGCCACACUCUGAGUGCACCCUGUGUUGCCGAGUCUGGAAUUUUCACUAUGCCUUUGACACAUUAAUUUUUAUAAUUGGUGUUGGAAAGUUGAGUUUGACUAAAAUAUCCAAAGUUAUUAUGGAGAUACCUUGUUAAGUGGGAGGACUGAACAGGAAUUAAAGAUUAGAUAAUGAAUCCAGUUAUGAUGCCAUAAAGUCCACUUACGUACUCAUGUUAAUGAGGGAGAAGGGACACGCAUACCUAGUUACUCAAAUCCAUGGAAGUAAAGGGGAAUAGUAUGUGAGAAUGAUGAGUUAUUAUUCCUGAGAAAUGAUAAAGAAUAUAUCUAAUUCACUCAAGCCUAUUAAUUUUAUCAUGUGAAAUAUUUAGUUCUAAUGUCAGACAUGGGAUUCUACUUUUACUUGAGUAUAAUUAAAAUAUUCAAAUUUGAAUGAUAGAAACAAAGGAGAAGACAGUGGACCAAAAUUUUAUAUAGGUAGUAUUUUUCUAAUAGAAAUAAAAUAAACUUGCCUAUUUCC